CUUCCAUCGAAAUCAAAAAUGAAUUUCGCUCUGAUUUGGCAUUUGUUUACUUUUAUGGCACCCGAUCGACCUAUCGAGCUGUUGUCGAUGUGCUGCUUUCGGGCUUUGGCAACAUUCAAUUUACGCACAUUUAGCGAUAAGAUAAGCCAUAGGCAACCACAAAUAAUAUCAACUGGCCAUGGGUCUGAUGGCUCAUUGCGGUGGCUCGAUUCAAGAAAUUCGGUCGAUAAUAGUAACGGGCAAAUAUUCAAAAGUCCGUGUUCUUAGGCUCUAACUUCUGUAUAAUUCGGUUUUUCUAUAGCUCAGAAGAAAUGGCUAAAAUCUGGGUGGCCAUUGCGUUAUUUCUAGGCGUUUUGGUCUCCGGCGAAAAUCUUGAUGCCGAGACGACCGGAAAGAUAGAGCCCAAGAUCGUGGGAGGAAGUGCGACAUAUAUCGAACAGGUUCCCUACCAGGUGUCCAUUCGCCUGACCGCCAACGAUAGGAAGAGCUAUGGUUCCGGUCACUUGUGCGGCGGAGUGGUGAUUUCCCAGCGUCUGGUGGCCACCGCCGCCCAUUGUGUUUAUAUUGCCGAACAAAAGAAAUACCGUACUGCUGGUGAGUUCGUACUGGUGAUGGGCAGCACCUACUUGAAGAACUCCACCGAUCUGACACUGGAGUACUACCUGCAGCAGCUGAUCCCACAUGAGAACUACAACUCGGACUCGUUGACCAACGACAUUGCGCUGAUGUUCAUCAAUGGAUAUAUUCCCUGGAAUUGGCCAACGGUGAAGGCCCUGGCACUAAACAGCCAACUCGUGGCCACCAGCACCGACUGCCUGAUCUCUGGAUGGGGUCUGCUCCAACAGAACGGAAUACUAAGCAGCAAUACUCUGCAGUCUGCCACGGUGCCCAUUGUCUCCUAUGCCACCUGCCGAGUUUCCUACGGCACGGUUCCCACUUCCCAGGUGUGUGCCGGAUAUUGGACUGGAGGAGUGGACGCCUGCCAGGGCGAUUCCGGCGGACCCAUGAGUUGCAACGGAAAGUUGGCCGGCAUCGUUUCCUACGGCGCCGGUUGCGCGCAAGCUGGUUAUCCGGGUGUCUACACGAAUGUCUCGUACUACAAUGAUUGGAUCGUCCAGAAGAACAACUCCUUGAACUACACGCUCUAUCAUAAUGCAGGAAUACGGCUGGGAUCGGGUUGGUCCUUCCUCGGGACUUGUCUUCCACUCAUCCUUGCCUUCGUCUUGGAUCUCAGAGUCUAAGUGAUACUUUAGUCCUUGUAGCUAAUAAAUAAAUCAAUUUAUUCUUUUUAUAAA